ACUCUCGCGAGAAAGUGGAAGGUCCGCGCUUGCGCACUGCUGUAGCGCCUAGUGGCUGUGGCAGGUUUGCCGCCGGGUGUGCGAAAGGAGACUACCCCUCUGGAGGCUACUGCGUUCCCUGCGGCUCGUCACCAUGAGCAGCACCUUGGCCAAAAUCGCGGAGAUCGAAGCCGAGAUGGCUCGGACUCAGAAGAACAAGGCCACAGCACACCACCUAGGGCUGCUUAAGGCUCGCCUUGCUAAGCUUCGCAGGGAACUCAUUACUCCAAAAGGUGGUGGUGGUGGUGGGCCAGGAGAAGGAUUUGAUGUUGCCAAGACAGGUGAUGCUCGAAUUGGGUUUGUGGGUUUUCCAUCUGUGGGGAAGUCAACACUGCUUAGUAAUCUGGCGGGAGUCUAUUCCGAGGUGGCAGCCUAUGAGUUCACUACUCUGACCACUGUGCCUGGUGUCAUCAGAUACAAAGGUGCCAAGAUCCAGCUUCUGGAUCUCCCAGGUAUCAUUGAGGGUGCCAAGGAUGGGAAAGGUAGAGGCCGUCAAGUCAUUGCAGUGGCUAGAACGUGUAACUUGAUCUUGAUUGUUCUGGAUGUCCUGAAACCCUUGGGACAUAAGAAGAUAAUUGAAAAUGAGCUGGAAGGCUUUGGCAUUCGCUUGAACAGCAAACCCCCCAACAUUGGCUUUAAGAAGAAGGAUAAGGGAGGCAUUAAUCUCACGGCCACUUGCCCUCAGAGCGAGCUGGAUGCUGAAACUGUGAAGAGCAUUUUGGCUGAAUACAAAAUUCAUAAUGCUGAUGUGACUCUGCGUAGUGAUGCCACAGCGGAUGACCUCAUUGAUGUGGUGGAAGGAAACAGAGUUUAUAUCCCCUGUAUUUAUGUGUUAAAUAAGAUUGAUCAGAUCUCCAUUGAGGAACUGGACAUCAUCUAUAAGGUGCCUCACUGUGUGCCCAUCUCUGCCCAUCACCGCUGGAAUUUUGAUGACCUGUUGGAAAAGAUCUGGGACUAUUUGAAACUAGUGAGGAUUUACACCAAACCCAAAGGCCAGUUGCCAGAUUACACAUCCCCAGUGGUGUUGCCUUACUCCAGGACCACGGUGGAGGAUUUCUGCAUGAAGAUUCACAAAAAUCUUAUCAAAGAAUUUAAAUACGCUCUGGUCUGGGGUCUCUCUGUGAAACACAAUCCUCAGAAAGUGGGUAAAGACCAUACGUUGGAGGACGAGGAUGUCAUUCAGAUUGUGAAGAAGUGAAAUCUUCCCCAUCCACCAUCUGCCGGGCCAACCACAGCAGCUUCCCCCAUGACCAAACACCCGACCCCAAUCCCCGUCUGGCUUUGGCAGCCAGGAUACAGGGGAGGGAGAUGGAGGCUCCCAAAUUGGAACAUCAUUUGUCUUAACUUAGUAUCACCUUGUACGUUGAACUGCAUAAAGGACCUGGUAGGCCAGCCAUCUAUGUACA